AUGUCUAGUUAUGGAAGCACGUCUCCUUCCGACGAGGGCUUCGAUAGAUAUGAGCCUCCUUUCUACUGCCAGACAUCACACCAAGGAAGUCCAAUGGAGGGAGGAGUUUUCUGGUCAGGGGCUGGUGAGAGUCAGGAGUAUGAUCAUCAAGAUGUGUACCAUGAUGCAGGAUACAUAGGAAGAAAUUAUGCCUACGACGAAAUGCAGAUACUGGGAAACGAACCUUACGACCUCUAUCACAACACAAUGAUACAUCAGAAUUACCCGCAGAAUAACGGAGGCCUAGAUUGUGAUAUGCAAUCUAUACCACGUUACGACCGACCACCUCCAUCCUUCGUGAGAGUAGUCAAGAGAAGAACUACAGCCAAUAAGAAGGAGAGGAGAAGAACACAGAGCAUCAACACAGCCUUCACUGACUUGAGAGAGUGCAUCCCUAACGUACCGCCAGAUACUAAGCUGUCCAAGAUGGUGCGACCGAGAUCUGAGAGCAUCAAUGUAGCGUUCUCGAAGCUAAGGGAUCGUAUACCGAGCGUCCUUCCCGACACUAAGAUGACUAAGAUAAAGACUCUUCGUCUAGCGACGUCGUACAUCUCGUACCUACUCAAGGUUUUGGAGUCUGAUGGGGAACCUGCGGGAGGAUUUAGAGCUGAGUUGCAUCAUGCACCACCAAGAAGACGAGCCACGGAGACACAGAAUGUGGAGAAAAAGGGCAAAGGACGUACCGGUUGGCCACAACACGUCUGGGCUCUCGAAUUGAAGAGCGAAAAUAAUUUACAGACAUAA